UCUUGUCUGCCUUUUAAAAUGACACGUGCUUCUCCGUGUUUACGUGAUUUGGUGUCCUACAGUGUGAAUAGAGAUGGAUGCGUGUGUGUGAGGCGCUAAAAGAUGUCAUUCUCACUACACCUGUGCUGCCGCCUCCUGGACGGACGCGACUCUUUUGCAGCGACGGUACUAUAAGUGAACGGACAGCUUAUGAGCCCCACUCAAUGCGAGAGAACCACACACGAGGAGCGGGAUGGCGAGGAUGUUACCGCUGCACCUUCGCGUCCUUCUUGUGGGGCUGUUGUUAACGGGGACCUUGACAGUCCAAGCAAACAGAGGGGCGACAUCGGCUGACGAAGAGAGGGAAAAAGAGAGCGACGCGGAGGCGCCAUGUGAGGUGAAAACCGUAACCGUGUCUACCCUGCCCGUACUCCGGGAGAACGAGUUCAGCUUCACCGGCGGAGCCUCGGGCAGCGUGGUCGGAGGAGGGGGUCCUGCUGGAGCAGGUGCUGCUGCUGCUGGAGGAGGAACUGGAGGAGGAGGAGGAGGAGGAGGGGAAUCCCGACUCCUGUUAUUCGUUAGAACCGACCUACCUGGGAGAAUUUCCGUAAUGGAUGAUCUUGACAACACAGCUCUCCCCUACUUCACACUCGAGAUGUCUGGUACGGGAGAAGAUAUUUCUCAGGUACACUGGAAGCAGCAGUGGUUGGAAAAUGGGACACUGUACUUCCAUGUGUCCAUGACUGAGUCUGAGCUUGUAGCACAGACGACACAACCCACAGCUCGGGAGCCUACUCAUGCUCUACAUGAACACAUGCAUCUGCUGCACAUCUCAGUUAUGGGAGGCCUCAUUGCCCUCCUUCUCCUAAUUCUUCUCUUCACCCUUGUCCUGUAUACCCGCCACCGAUGGUGCAAGCGUCGCCGCAUCCCACAGAAGAGCGCCAGCACCGAGGCCACACAUGAGAUCCACUACAUUCCCUCUGUUCUGCUCGGACCCCAGGGUCGAGACAGCUAUCGGGGCUCUCGAAAUACACACCAACACGGGAGCUCGGUCAUCGGUAUGCCCAUCCGCGAGACCCCCAUUCUUGAUGAUUACGACUGUGAUGAGGAGGACCCAGGUGGACACUCCCUUAACUCCACGCCCAACAAGCUCCACACUAAGAUGAGGGAUGGGAAGAUCCAGGAGGACUAUGGAGUUAACAUUGGCAUUGGAGGACACUCAGAAAUGAUGUUCAAGGAAAAUGAAAUUAAGCAUAAUUUUGAAAAACGAGGAGCCCCAGCAGACAGAAUGGAGAAAGAUGCCAUUGAAUGUGGACGACGGCUUUCUGUCAGGAAUCAACCCCACUUGUCCGCUGAGUCCAGCCUGGUCGUCUUGGCUAAGAUGUUCAAGAGCUUCAUGCAGCUGCACAUAGAGAGAGACAGAAGACAGGUGGAUGAAGGUCACAAUCCAGGAGCAGGAGUAGAGUGUUUUGACCCAGAUUGCUACGCCAGGAAUUGCUGCAGAAGCCUAGCCUUUGAGGGAGAAGCGGAAUCGGUGCUCUGCUCCCAGUUUUUCUUCAGCGCUAGCAGAAUGAAGACUUCUACCUCCAGCAGUCUUCGCCUCUGUACUUGCUGCCGGACUGGCUAUAUUCUGCCGUCGGAUCUCCACCCCAGCUGUGAGUCCUACCUCAGUCCCGUUCACGCCGGGAUGGCGCUCACCCCUCAGGCCUCUUGCCCGUUCUGGACGUUUUUCUGGUGCUCCAGGUCAACGGGUAGGGGGAUGGCAGCUGGGCAGACUGGCAGGAUGACACCCUGGAACCGAUGGGAGAGGACCUUUUCGCUGGGCACGAGUCCGUUGACUCAAUUCCCCCAGAAGAGGGAUCUCUCCUCGUUUUUCCCUCCUCCCCAUUGGGAGGAAUGUGACCCCGAGGUGGGUAACAACGCCCUCCCUCUACGGCUCUCCCCAUCUCAGGAACGGCGAUCUUGCUUCCGAAGGCCACCCUCUUCGGCCACCGGAAGCCCACACCUCCUUCCCCUGGGACCAAGUCUAUGCUCAGGUGGCAUUGACUACAUCAGCUUCGCCCUAACCCAAAAGCGACAGCCCUUAGAGGCUAUUGACCCAAACACGGAGUCAGUAGAGGAUUUGAUGCAGAGGUUCCAGGACAGUUUCCGUGUUCCCAAUACGCCAACGGACAUGUCUCACUAUCAGCAUGUCAUGCACAGCUCGUCGACGGGUCGCCGGAGGGUCCUUAGCCACACCAGAGAUGGAAACCUAAUGACUCCGCCACCGUUCCGGAGCGGAUCCGCAGCCGUUACGCUGUCGGUGGAAAUUGGGGCACCUGGAGGUGUGUUUGGUCCUCAAGGGGAAUCAGGGUCAGAGCCUGAAGAUGACAGCCAAAUGAAGUUUUACACAGAACAGCACAGAGGACGAAGGCGCAGCAAAGGCCACCCACACAGUCCUCUAAACAAGGUCACCCUGACGUUGAUUACCAUCAGCACAUGUGUCAUUGCCAUUGUCUAUGCUACACAGGAUUCCUGUCCCCUCACUGUCAAGGUUACCCUACAUGUGCCGGAGCAUUUUGUUGCGGAUGGAAGUAGUUUUGUGGUGAGCAUGGGCAGCUUCCUGGAUGUUUCUAAUUGGCUAAACCCAGCCAAGCUAACCCUCUACUAUCAGACCAAUUCGUCCACACAAUGGGUCCUGGACUACUGCGGCCAGAGGACCACUGAGCCCUGCGAGCAGAUUUGUGAUCAGGACACAGGAGAAUGCAGCUGUCAUGAGGGUUAUUCCCCCAAUCCUGUCCAUAAACACCUCUGCGUACGCAGCGACUGGGGUCGAAACGAAGGUCCUUGGCCAUACGCUAAUCUGGAGAAAGGCUACGACCUAGUUACAGGAGAGCAGGCCCCAGAGAGGAUCUUCAGAUCAUUUUACAGUCUGGGCCAAGGGUUGUGGCUGCCAGUCAGCAAGAGCUUUGUGGUGCCACCAGUGGAACUGUCAAUCAACCCCAUCGCCAGCUGUAAAACAGAUGUGCUGGUUACUGAAGAUCCAGGAGAGGUCAGGGAAGAGGCCAUGAUGUCCACUUACUUUGAGACAGUGGAGGACCUACUUGCAUCUUUUGGGCCUGCCCGUGACUGUUCCAAAGAUAACGGUGGUUGCAAGAAGAACUUCAAGUGUGUGACUGACAGACAGUUAGACUCAUCCGGCUGCAUGUGUCCUGAGGGCCUGAGGCCAAUGAAAGAUGGCUCAGGUUGCUAUGACUACUCUAGGGGCAUUGACUGCACCGAUGGCUUCAAUGGAGGCUGUGAACAGCUGUGUCUCCAGCAGCUCGUGCCCCUUGAAGAUGACCCCAGUUCCAGCAACGUGCUCAUGUUUUGCGGGUGCGUGCAGGAGUACAAACUAGCAGGGGACGGGCGCUCCUGCCUCCUGCUGUCAGACAACUGUGAGGGACCAAAAUGCCCAAGGCAGGAUGUCCACUUCAAUGACACCCUGUUUGGUGAGAUGCUGCAUGGAUACAACAACAAAACCCAGCAAGUCAACUUGGGACAGAUAUUCCAAAUGACCUUCCGGGACAACAACUUCAUCAAGGACUUUCCUCAGCUAGCCGACGGUCUCAUGGUCAUCCCCUUACCAGUAGAGGAACAAUGUCGAGGGGUUUUGUCCGAGCCCCUGCCCAACCUGCAGCUGCUUACAGGGGAUGCUCAAUUCAGUGAGGCAGUGGGUUAUCCUAUGGUUCAACAAUGGAGAGUGCGCAGCAAUCUGUACAAAGUUAAACUCAGCUCCAUCACCUUGUCUACAGGUUUUUCUAAGGUGCUGAAGACACUGUCAGCGGAGAGCACACGUGAGGAGCUGCUGGCUUUUCUCCAGCAAUAUGGCAGCCACUACGUGUCUGAGGCCCUGUAUGGCUCUGAGCUCAGCUGCAGCAUCUACUUCCCCAGCAAGAAGGCCCAGCAGCAGCUCUGGCUGCAGUACCAGAAAGAGGCUACAAACCAGGGGGUUGGCGGAGGUGGGCGGCGUGAGCUGAAGUCAGUUCCCUUCAUCAGCUACCUGUCGGCAUUGCAGAAGAGCCAGCUGUUGUCUGACGACAUGGUAAAUGGCGUGGAGAUCCGCUGUGAGGAGAAGGGAAGCUGUCCAGCUGGCUGCCACCUGUGCCAUCACCAGGCCGUGAUGGGAGGAGUGUCAGGGAGAGGCCGCACCGGUAACAGCAGGAGUGGAGAGCAGCCUUCCCCCAUCCCUGUGCUGCUGGAAGUCAGCCGCGUGGUGCCCCUCUACAGCCUGGUCCAAGACAACGUCACCAAAGAGGCCUUCAAGAGUGCUACAAUGAGCUCAUACUGGUGUGCUGGAAAGGGCGAUGUCAUUGAUAACUGGUGUCGCUGUGACCUGAGUGCCUUCAGCAAAGAUGGCCUGCCUAACUGCAGUCCCCUCAGGCAGCCAAUUUUGCGCCUAGCCCCUUACCUGGAGCCCUCAAGCACAAUGGUGGCCCUGGAGUGGAUGGAUGUGGAGCCUCUGAUUGGCUGCAAAGUUUCCGACUACAUCAUCCAGCAUAAACGAGUGGAGGAUCCUUCGGAGGCCGAGGUCUACACAGGUGAAGUUCUGAGCAUGGUGGAUGAUCUGUUCGCUGGUUUGGGUUCAUCCUGUGUUGUUGCCGGAAAGAGAGCUGGAGACCAUCCUCACUCUAUGCUAUACUCGGUGGUCUUCAAGUGCCUGGAACCCGACAGUCUUUACAAGUUUACUCUCCAUGCAGUGGAUAGUCGAGGCAGCCACUCUGAGUCAAGCUUUGUCUCAGUACGGACAUCUUGUCCAAUGGUGGAUGACAGCCGAGCUGAAGAGAUCGCAGACAAGGUGUACAACUUGUACAAUGGCUACACCAGUGGGAAGGAGCAGCAGAUGGCCUACAACACAUUGAUGGAGAUCCCUCCUCCACUGUUAUGCAGAGUCCAGCACCACUACAAUUCCCACUAUGAGAAAUUUGGAGACUUUGUCUGGCGUAGUGAAGAUGAGCUGGGCCCCAGAAAAGCCAACCUGAUACUACAUAGAGUGGAGAAGAUUAGCCACUACUGCCGGUCCCUACUGCGCAGCACCCACAUCCAGAGCCGCACCGACACCAUGGCGUAUGUCUACUGUCGGAGUGAAGAGGGCCGACCUCCUAGUAACACAUGGCAUGGCUCUUUACAUGAAAGUCGCACCACCUGCAUGGAAAAGCUCAUUUCUGUACAGCGUAACACAUACAGCAACACCAAACUCCGAUGAGACAGGAGUUAGUAGAAGGAGGCGGUGCGUUUUUGUUUGUUUAUUCCUGCAAAAUGACAUCAAUGAUUGAUGCACCUCGUCCCCCACUCUGCAGCAGGUGUCUCUCAAGUGACUGGUGGAUUUUGAAAACCAGGAGAGCCUAAAAAACCUCAGAAUUCACUGGACAUUGUGUUAGAGCUACCGAAAAACAUAUUUUUGUGUGGCCUACUUUUAUUAUAAGACAGAGGAUAAAAAGAAAACCUCAAGCGAACAGAAUUCUCAACUGCAAAAUGCCAGUGAUCGCACAUAUCAAUGAGAAACUGCAGUGUGAAUAUGUAAAAUAUAAUUCAGCCAAGAGAAAAACUGGUUGGCUAAAAUACUUUGAAUGUAAUGUUGUAGUUCCUUUUUCGGUGCUUUGAAGCUUACCUGGAACACUUAAAAGAGAGAAAAAAAGGACUAAAUCAAUAGCAUAACUUAUUUGCCUUUAAUACCUUUUAUUUGAAAGGAGAAAUCACUUUCUUGUUUUCAAGUUCACAUUAAUUAAAAAAAAUGAAAGCUUUUCUUCAUGAAUGUGAAAUAAGUCAGUGAGAAACUAUGUAGUUAGUCUUGUAUUACAUUUGAUAGAUUCAAUUGAAAGAGCAAGGCUUUUUGUGGUAACAGGAUCGACCAUUCGGCUACUAUUAGCCUGAUGAAAUUAUGCAAAGACAGAGUGGGUGGCAUUCAAACAAAUCAUAUUCAUUCAUAAACAUUUAAUAUAGCACUGCUUUCAUUGCAUAAAUCUUGGAAUCCUUUUAUCAUCAUCUUUUUUUAAAUACUAAAAUACCCCAAAAAAAAUACAUGAGAAAAUGUAUUAAGGACAUUUAUAUCUCAGACAAGAAAUGGACCUGAACACAGUGGAUUAUGCACCCAAGACAAAAAAAUGCAAUGCUUUUGCCACACUGAAGUCUUUAAAUCAAAUGCUUUAUAUGUGUUGGGUUUUGGUUUGUGACUAAACACACCAACAGUAUUAAUACUAAAAAACAAAAUCAAAUGCUAUAGCUAGAUUGAAUGAUUUCUGCAAGAUCACAAAAUAGUGAAAGUUUGUAAUCUAAUGAUAAGUUACAAUUUAUCUGAAUGUGACUUUUGUCAUCAUGGCAGUUACGUUCUAAGAGGAGCAGUAGGGAGCAGUAGUAGCCAUACAAUUAUUAUUAUUAUAAUUAUAUGUGUGAUUGAAAAUCUAACAUCAAAAGUGAAUAUGCUGAAUGCAUCUUUGAAAAGAUCCUCCCUCACGGGAUAAUUUGAUGUUUGCUCAUGUAUGUGCACUCAUAGACAAUAUGGCAGAAUAUUAGGAAAAUAAGUUUGAGGAACAUUUUCAGGUCCCCAAAUAGUUGAUGAACGAUGAGAAUGACGAACAUGUGAGGUACUGUCCUCUGAAUUGGGAAGUAUCAGUGAUUGUAGGGAUCACCUGUGGUCCUUAUUAUUUUCAGUUCAAUGUUAUAUCUUUAAAGCCAUGGAUAUUGUUUUAAUGAAGAUAAACAAUGCCUUUUUCAAUAUUUACAUCUCAUGUUAUAUGAACUGUAAUAAUAAAUUAUUAUAAUGUAAAUUUUAAAUUGUAAAAAAAACAAAUGUAUUAUUAUGUGGCUUUGAUUGUCUUUUUCUGAAGAAUGUGAAAUAUUAAAAAUGUAUAUUAAAUAAGAAGACUUUUCUUUCAUCGCAUAAUUAACCCUUGUGUUGUCUUCCCAUCGGCCGCGUAAC